AUGGAUGCGUUGCAGCACUCAAUCGCUGGCGCCCUCGAGGCGGAGCAGAGGAAGACGCAGGUCAACGACGCAAAGCUGCGUGCAGUGGCGCAGCGUGUUGACUACGACGAGUUUUGCAAGAUGGUUGCCGGCGCCCACCUGAAGCCUGUCAAGCCGUGCUCCGCCGAGUCACGAGACAUCUCACGGCCCUUUGACCAGUUUGUGUUGCCAAAGUACGAGCCAGCAACGGACAGCGUCGACAGACAUAGCACUCGCAAGGUAGAACACGACGCCGAGCCACCUGCCUUCUCUCAGCCAUCCAGCUCGCACGAGUUUCUGCGCACGUGGAGGCGCUCCUGCAGGGCGCAGGCUGAGCGGCUGAGGUACCUCCGGGUGCUUGACAUCGACACCCUGCCGAUGCUCUUCCGCACUGAGAUGGACCCGCUCCUGUUGGAUGCCUUUGUCGACACCCUUCACGUCGCAGUCUGCGAGAGGGAGCCCAGCGGUGACGGCUCGGCCGAGGCGGCGGCUAUAGCGCAACAAGCUCCGCUCGCGCUCUGGGCAGUGAGGCUGCUUGCCGGCCUCGCGCGCGUCAACCGCUUCGAUGCGACGCUGAACUUUGCGGCAGGUCCAACUACGGACAAGCUGAAGCGCAUCUUUGCUGCCGCCGCAUCCCACGCUCCCGCAGAGGGAGUGGCAGGUAAUGGCGAGCUCGACGCUGCGGCCGUGGCCGCGUUGGCGUCGAAAUUUGGCAUUCGUGAUGUGGUGGAGGGCAGAGGAGUGGUGUAA